UAGCGUGCAGGUCGACGCUCACCAUCACCUCCUGUCCUUUCUUGUUUGAAACCCCUGCUCUCCCUGUUAGUUUCCCUGGUCCUGCCAAAUCCCACAUAGCCCUUCUUGACCAUAACCAAGGCUGCAAACAGUGAAACAGGGGACGAGGCGACGCCGGUCACCCGCGGCCACCGAGGAAGCAGCAGGGCGGCAGCGACUGCGGCGUCCCCUGGCGCCAACACACCGACUGGGCAAGGAAGGCAGCGACUGCCCUCACCUCGGACCCCCAUCGCCGGCAAAGAUUGCGAGACCUCCGCCUGGACUGCUGCGCCGCCGUCUCCUCAAGACGUUGUGGGCUCCUCAAGCAAGCCCGCCCGCCCCACCCUCCCCUGGCAGCACUCUCCGAGGAUGACCGCGUGAACCGGGAAGGCUGAACUCUUUCUCUUACUCUCUCUCUUCCCUCUCCUCAACGCUGGUUCCCUCGUGCUACGUCACUUUCUACGCUGCUGCUGAGCGUUCCCCCGUGCCCGUUCCGCUGCCAGCCACCAUUCUGUCCUGCCCGGUCCUCCCUCACACCGCCGCCGCCACCUCCACCACCUCAGCCACCAUGGCAGCAGUAGACACCAAGGCACUCGAAGGCCCCUCCGUCACUCUCACUGUCCGCUUGAUUAUGCAAGGAAAGGAAGUGGGAAGUAUCAUUGGAAAAAAAGGAGACAACAUAAAAAAGUUCAGAGAAGAGAGUGGUGCCAAAAUCAACAUCUCGGACGGUUCAUGCCCUGAGCGCAUUGUCACGGUCACUGGGUCGACGGAGGCCAUCCUCAAGGCCUUCUCGCUCAUCGCAAGAAAGUUUGAAGAGAUGUUGUCCCUGCUGUGCGUGCCUGUGCAGGCGGCCGCCGUGGGCCCGACCCUGCAGGAGCUGCAGAGCAACGGCAGCCACCUGCCCAAGCCCCCAGUCACCCUUAGGCUCAUCGUGCCCGCCAGUCAGUGCGGAUCCCUCAUCGGCAAGGGUGGCUCCAAGAUCAAGGAGAUCAGGGAGGUGACAGGUGCCUCAAUUCAGGUUGCUAGUGAAAUGCUUCCAAACUCCACUGAGCGCGCUGUUACUGUUUCUGGGACGGCUGAUGCUAUCACAAAAUGCAUCUACCAGAUCUGUUGUGUCAUGAUGGAG